GCCACGUGACGUCAUUGGUGGAAAUGAAACAUGGCCGAAAGCAAGUGAGGGAUGGCGAAAGUAAGCGAAAAGCAUCAAUAAAAUCUAGAAACAUAGUAGUUUUUGGAUGAAGGUAUUUGAACGUUGUAGUAUGCUUUAACUGCAUUUUUAUAUAUCUAUACAACCUACGCACGAAUUGGCGGUUUGGGUUGAGUUCGCCCGUAAAGGCCUUUAACCAGGCGUUAGCCACGUUAGCAACUGGCGCUUUUGUUUUUGUUCGGAAAUUUACGUCAUUUUGAAGCCUGUUUUUCGCCUUAUUUUUCGAGGAUAUAUAAUAUCUUCUGGACUGAACGGUGUAGCUGCCUGUACAGAUAAACCCCGGUGCUUUUUAUAUUGCAGCUCGGGGGUGCAGCCGGCCUCUCAGCUGAUUGUCAGUGUUGUUUAACUUCACAACAAAGCCUUAAAGCGGACACGACCAUAGUCGUUUGGGAGCUGCUGGACUGUGUCUGUUUAUGAACAUUACGCCCAUGAAACAUGGAUCCAAAACGCGCACACAGCAAACCUCAAACAAGCAGCAGCAGCAGCGACUCCAGUGGCGACGGCAGCCCCGGGUCCCCCUCCAGCAGCCCCGCACCGGCAGCGAGCAAAGCACCGGUGUCCGCGGGUAACGUGUUCGCCAACGACGGCAGCUUCAUGGAGAUGUUCAAGAAGAAGAUGAUGGAGGAGGAGGAGAGGAGGAAAAAGGAGUCGCAGCGAACAAGUGGAGAUGCGAGACCCACAGAGCAAGGACAGACCCCAGUGGAAAAGAAGCCCCCUCCCGUGACGAGCUUUGUGGGGAAGCGCAGAGGCGGUGUGUUCCUAAAGACCGGCAUGGUUGCGAAGAAGCAGAAACAGGACACAGAAGCUGAGCCAGGCAAGAGCGAUGCUUGGUCAAAGUACAUGGCUGAGGUGAAAAAGUACAAAGCCCACCAGUGUGGCGACGACGAUAAAACCAGGCCUCUGGUCAAGUAGGCUCCCAAAAGACGAACAUGGCGCGACAAUGUUUUGAAGGGGAAGCCACCUGGGAGAAGCUCUGGGAGGGCCGGCCAAUCCUGACCUUCUCAUACUGCCAGUUCAAGUUACCCUUCACAUUAAAGGUGCAGUGUGUAGGAUUUAGUGGCAUCUAGCGGUGAGGCUGCAGAUCGCAACCAACUGAAUAUCCCU